AUGAUCGAAAAUCGGAAACAAGAGAUUCUUGCUAUCAUCAAAACUCGCGACAGUCUCCCAUCAACCACUACAUUUGCCGUUGCUCCUCCGACGCCGACGACGCCGAUCCAGAGCCCACGGAUACGAUCGCAUCUCUUGGAUGAUCCCGCCGAUGACCACGAUUAUCACCCUCGGCCACCAGUACAGAAGUUCGCUGCUGCCGACGAAGGAGAGACUUCUUCAACGGCUGUGAAUGAAGGCGAGGAUGGACCAGACGAUCAUGAGGCCCCGGAAAGCGAUGCUGAGUAUUGGCACAAUUUCGAUGACGCCGACGAUGAGAUCCUGGAGAUCGAGACCCAAGGUGCUGCUGCGACGGCAGCAGCCACUGCCACGUCUUCGACGACGAAAGUCCGUGGGCCCCUUGCGGCUGCUUCGUCAACCACAUUCAUCGUGGACCAUUCGAAGAAUCCAUAUUAUGCAGAAGCGAAACGAGUCCUGAAGGACACGUUUGGACUGCCGAGCUUUCGUGUCAACCAAGCCGAAGCUAUCCUCGGUACAUUGGAAGGACGUGACGUCCUUAUUCUUAUGCCGACCGGAGGCGGGAAAUCUCUCUGCUAUCAAGUCCCCGCUGUCUGCAAGGCUGGCAAGACGAAAGGCGUCACCGUGGUCAUUUCGCCUCUCAUCGCUCUUAUGCACGAUCAAGUUAAGGAGCUGCAGGAGAGAGGCGUCGAUGUUGAACUGUUUACAUCUGAACAGAGCAAUACGGAACGUGCAAGGGUGCGCAACCGGGUGAAAGCAUUUGGGCAGAGGCCGGAGAUUGUGUAUGUUACGCCGGAGAGGUUGAAACAGAGUGAUGAUAUGAAGGAAACGUUGUUGAAGUGUAAUGAGCAGGGUGAUCUGGCAAGAUUCGUUGUUGACGAGGCGCACCUCAUCAGUACUUGGGGCCGCGAUUUUCGUGAUUCGUAUCAACACCUGCGCACUCUCCGAAAUGACUUCCCCGAUGUUCCCAUCAUGGCGUUGACCGCUUCGGCCACUCCAGAGGUACAAGCACACAUAAUCGAAGGCCUUCAAUUACGCCCAGGCCAUCUAUUCCUCACACAGUCGUUCAAUCGUCCCAAUCUCCAUUAUUCCGUCCGCAAGAAGCCCGGUGGGAGCCUUUUCAGAACAAUUGCAGAUUACAUCAAGAAUACCCACCCCGGAAAGGCUGGCGUGAUAUACUGCACAGGCCGAGAUACAUGUGAGAGGGUAGCGAAGGACCUGAGGGGUAUGGGCCUGAAGGCGAGGCACUUUCAUGCGAAGAUGGUCGAUGCGGACAAACAGAAAACCUUGCAAGAUUGGAAGGACGGUUUUUCGGAUAUCAUUGUCGCGACUAUCGCCUUUGGCAUGGGUAUCAAUAAGGCAAAUGUCCGAUUCGUGAUCCACUACGAUCUUCCAUCGUCGCUCAUUGGUUACUAUCAAGAGACUGGUCGCGCAGGACGUGACGGGGAGAAAGCCGAUUGUCUGCUCUUUUACUCUUGGAAGGAUUGCCAAAUCCUCUUCAAACGUAUCCGGGAGAACGAAGAGCUGAAGCAGGAGGACAAGGACCGUCAAAUGGCCGAAGUCGGACAGGUCAUCCAAUUUUCACUCAACGAAGCCGAUUGUCGCCGAGCGCAGAUUCUUCAACAUUUCGCUGAACCAUUCGAUCCAGCGGAGUGCCACGGGACUUGCGAUAAUUGCGCCAACCCAGAAGGGUUCGUGGAGGAGGACAUGACCCCCCAUGCCGUCAACUUGAUCCACUUGGUGAAGGAGGCGAAACAAGCCAGGCUCAAAAUCACUCGCAAGAUGGUUAUCGAUGCCUUCCGAGGCAAGAGCAAAGACGGGAAUCUUACGAGGUUGAGGUUGUUUGGUGUAGGGAAAGAUGUGGAGUUAAAUCGGGCAGAGCGGUUGUACGACCAUCUGGUCAGCUUGAGCGUAUUCAUGCAAGUCUCGGAGACCAACUCGAGCAAUUUCUCAAACCAGUAUUCUCAGGUAGGUCCUGUGAUAUCCCAUUGA